AUGAAAGACUACGAGAUUGAAGAAAAGAAGCAAGCCGCUGCAGAUGUCCUAUUUCAGUAUUCAAAAUUUGCAUUGGCUUGUCUUGGAAAUCAAGUUCGGCCAUGCGACCUAAGGAUGCAUUUGAUGAAGGAAAUUUCUGGUUUGCCGACUUCAUUAAAGAAGGCGUCUUCCCAUGCCACUGCUGCUGCUGCUGCUGCCCCCGACAUCAUGGGAGAAUCUUCGAGUUCAGGCAUUGCAAGACUUGAUAAGAUUGACAGUUUUAGAGCAAUUUAA